GCAUGCCGCACUACCCGCCCAUGGGCAUGCACCCUAUGGGUCAAAGACCGCCUAAUAUGCCACCCGUCCCGCAUGGGAUGAUGCCUCAGAUGAUGCCUCCCAUGGGAGGACCCCCAAUGGGCCAGAUGCCUGGGAUGAUGCAGUCAGUAAUGCCUGGAAUGAUGAUGUCUCACAUGUCCCAAGCUGCUAUGCAGCCUACGGUUCCGCCAGGAGUGACCAGUAUGGAUGCACAAGUAGGUGUAACACCACCUGGAACUCAAACCUCUGUUUUGUUUCACCCUCAGACAACACAUCCUGUAGUUUGUGCAGCCCAGCAAACCACCACGACCAACAGUUCUGUUAGUGAGGAACAUUCUAAACAGAAAUCUACGUGGACAGAGCACAAAUCACCUGAUGGAAGAACAUACUACUACAAUACUGAAACAAAACAGUCCACGUGGGAGAAGCCAGAUGAUCUCAAAACGCCUGCUGAGCAAUUGUUGUCCAAGUGUCCCUGGAAAGAGUACAAAUCUGAUUCUGGAAAGCCCUAUUAUUAUAAUUCCCAAACAAAGGAAUCACGCUGGGCGAAGCCCAAAGAACUUGAGGAUCUUGAAGCAAUGAUAAAAGCUGAAGAAAACAGCAUCAAGCCUGAAGACUCCGCUCCAGCAACAGCAGCUUACUCUGUAAUUUUUAUUUAUAGUGCUGCUUCAAAGAAAGAGGAUGAAGAUGCCCAACCAGUUAAAAAAACCUAUACAUGGAAUACAAAGGAAGAAGCAAAACAAGCAUUUAAAGAACUGUUAAAGGAAAAGCGGGUACCAUCCAAUGCUUCAUGGGAGCAAGCUAUGAAAAUGAUCAUUAAUGAUCCUAGAUACAGUGCUUUGGCAAAGUUAAGUGAAAAAAAGCAAGCCUUUAAUGCUUACAAAGUUCAAACAGAAAAAGAAGAAAAGGAAGAAGCAAGAUCAAAAUAUAAAGAAGCUAAAGAAUCUUUCCAGCGUUUUCUUGAAAAUCAUGAAAAGAUGACGUCCACAACAAGAUACAA